AUGCACGGAACGGUAACCCCAACGGCCUUGGCUACGGCGGGAGCAAGAGCCGAUUGGACCGUUCUCCAUGCGGUCCCCCGCUCCUCGAGUCUACAGCAACACCUUGUACACCAGCAGCUGCCGAUGCAAUGCGAGGCUGAAGAGGCACAAGCGGCAAAAGCGACGUCUGCUACCAAUGCAGGGGCCCACGUGUCUUCUUCUCUGAAACGGCUACCCGAUAGUCCCUGCGCUGACUUUUCCCUAGAAAUCAACUUUCCAGAUACAGCAAAUGCAACCGCUGCAGAAGCCGCGGAAAAUUCGGAGGCACCCAUAGCCUCCUGCUGCUGCAGCUGCUUCCCUCCACCCCCGUUGCUUGUCGAGUGUCUUCACAGCUCAGUCACUGCCGCCGAUCUGAGAGCGGCCUUCUGCCCUUUCGGCCCUUUGCGCUGCGUUUUAGCACCCCGAAUCCUCUCAGAGGAGGUCCGAAGAAACAGUGAUGGCCAAGUGGCAGGCUUCUCAAGGGGGGGCCGAGGCAGACGCUGGUCUUCUUUAGGUGGAAAAGGCAUGCUGUGGUACAAGGAUCUGGCCGCUUCAAGGGCGGCAGUUCACGCUCCGCCGCAAGUGUUUAGGGGCCUGCCCUGCUCGUUGCAGCCCUCACAGUCAUUCUGGCAGAAGGGCCCUCUUCUACUGCAGGAGGGAGGCCCCCUUAUGAUUGGGCAUGCCUGGCGAAGGUGCGGAAGGUGCAGCUCUGUGGCCUUCGAAGCAGCCGCAGCAGCACCUGCAGCAACAACUGCAGCACCCCAAACUCCAGCGGCUACAGGCGAUGCUUUUGCAUUGGCGCCCAAGAUCUUUUUGGGGUGGCGUUUGGGGGACGACCAGCAACUGCGAAUUGCAUGGGCUGAAGAGGGAUACGCCAUUCUAUUAGAAUACCCUCUUCGGUCGCUCGCGAGUAGAGUGUUUAUCCUGGAAGACUCGGAUAUUGUGACAGAUGCGUGCGACACCAAACACAGCGGCGACAGCAAACGCGGACAGCUCUUGCUCUUUUGUCCAGAGCAUGCACCCCGCGUUACGGUGUACAAGACGGUGGCGAACGACAGCGACAGUGCAGGCUCCAUGAUUAGAGCUCCCGAUGCCCCAGAAGGCCCUCGCGAGCGGCUGGUGGUGGACAGCGCUGAGGAGGAGGCAGCAAGUGCAGUCGCUGCGUUGCUGCUCGGGGGGGAGGGCGACCUCAUGGCCCCUCUGCGGUGUCACCGAUGGGGGGUAGGGGCGACGGGGAGAAGCGCUCUGCAGUCUGCUUUGUUGCAAAGACUAGGGGACUGCAGGGAUCUGUUGGUGCAACUCCCGCCCUGUCCAGCAGCGUGCGAAGGAGCAGCCAACAGCCGGGGAGAAGAAUUCUGGGUGACGGAGCUACGAAGGCAUGGCCUCCUCAUCGGUACUGAGGGUGGGAAAGGGAUGCCCUCUCGCGUUUAUAUAACUCAGGAACCCCGAGAGAGGGAGAGGCAUAUGUGCUGCAUAUCCGAAGCAGUCCUCUACAGAGACCUCUCACGCCUUAAGGACCUCCCAUUUGUGGCUACGCUGCCUAGCAGCGUUCACCAAAAGAGCUCCCAAUCGAAAGGAUGCAGCAACUGUCCUGCGGCUGCUGCCGCUGCCUCUUUCAAUACCUUGAUCGAUUCUAAAUCGGCUGCUGCACUGGCAGCGCCUAGAAAUGCUGGGGGAAGUGCGCCACCAGCAGGAUCCGUAUUGACUCCUCAGGAGGAAGCACCCAAGGAAGAAACGAACGAUGCCGCUAAAGCUGCGCUUUCGAGCUUACCCUCUCCUGCUGCGUGGCUUCUAUGGGCAGAAAUGCAGCAGCUGCUUUCUUUUGGGGGCCUCCCCCCGCCGGCCCUAUUUGAGAUCUCCUAUUCAAGUCUCCCGCAUAUUCCCUGCACCCUGGAUAUACCUUCGGAAGGGGUGUCGACGGCCCUUUUGCCUUUGGCUGCCGUCCUAGCGGACCCUCAACAAGAUGCAAACGUCCUGAGAGAGGUCCUUAAGAUCUUAGCCGAGGAGAUUAUGAUGCAGCAGGAGCCGAUUUUUGCUUUCCCUCCAUGUGAUCGGCUGCACGCCCUGCUGCAGCAAAAAGAGUAUGUUUUCCCUCUGCAAUCGCACGCGCAUUUCAUGACGUGGGUAGAAGCGUCGGACUUGAUAUAG